UUAACGUAACUCAUAUCUCUCAUCUCUCUCAACUUCCAUUUCAUCUCAUCUGAGUUUCAAUUCAGAAACACCGGACCUGAUCGAGAUUAGUUGAAUUGAAGUUGGCAUAUAUAUAUUUAAUUUUCUCUGCUCUGCUCUGCUCUAAGCUACUCCAUAAAUUCAACAACGAACUCCAUCUCCAUCCUCAUCAACCUAAGAAACACUUUAGAGAAUUGAAUUGAAUGGCUUUAGAUGGUGUAACCACUCUAAUCAAAAUAGUAGAGCAAGUCCUUAUGGAGCCGAAACUAGUUUCGAUUUUUGAUGCUGGAGGAAUGAAGGUGUGGCUGCUCGAAACCAUCGAGUUGCUGUCUGCCAAGCUCUGCAUUCUGCAAGCAUUUUUGGAGGAGAGAAAAAUGGGGAAUGGCAGCUGGUUUGAAGAUAACGUUGUUGGAAUAUAUGACAAUUCCAAGUAUGAAAUCAAAUCUAAACUGGGACUAGUCUAUUCGGAAGCUAAAUGCGGGCAUCUUCUUGGGACCUUGAAACAAAUGGUAACACAAAUUGAGAAAAUUGAAAAUUGGAUGCUGAUGAUAAAAAAAGCAGCUGCUGAUGAGGAAAAGAACACCAUGGUUUGCGAUACCUACCAAAGUGCUUUAGAGCUUGAGAAUGAAGUAAUUGUAGGAAUCCACAAUGAUAUAGAGAAGAUAGUUAACCGCCUCUGUUAUUCACACUUUAUGAGAUCAGUUUUCACCAUUUUGAAGAAUAAUAACAUUCACAAGUUUCAGAAAUACGUUGAAAACACUGUGCUUAAACUACAAGUUAUUCCACUCGUUGGGGAAGGAGGCAUAGGAAAAACUACAUUAGCCAAAAGAGUCUAUGCACAUCCAACUACUAUUGCUAGCUUUGACAUUCGAGCCUGGGUAGUUUUGUCUCAGCUUCCUAACCUCAAAGAGAUUCUCAUUGGUCUAUUACGUUGUAUUUCACCAAUAACAAGUGAAAUCUACACCAUAGAUGAUGCUCAAAUAGCUGAGAAAUUAUGCACAAGUUUGAUGGGCAAGAAGUAUUUAGUUUUCUUGGAUGAUAUGUGGACCACUUGUGCAUGGGAUGUCAUCAAAGGAUAUUUUCCAGAGAAUUUUAAUGGAAGCCGAAUCUUAGUAACUACUCGGUUCACAAAUGUGGCUGAAUACUUAAGUGCAGAUCCCUACCAUGUGAAAUAUCAAAGUGUAGAGAAUCUAUGGGAAUUACUUUCAAGGAAAGUAUUUAGGCAAAGCCAAUGGGUUGAAUCCGUGGACAACGGAGACAUGAGGAGCAAACUUCGUAUUGCAAAAAGGAUUGUUUUUGGUUGCAGUGGAUUACCACUAGAAGUUGUUGUGAUUGCUGGACUUUUAGCGGCAACAAAAGAGUCGCUAGAAAUAUGGAGAGAUGUUGGGGAAACUUUGGAUAGAGUUGAUAAUGACAACAGAAUUUCAAAAAUACUUUCAUUGAGCUACAACUACUUACCUCCUCACUUGAAACCUUGCUUUCAUUAUUUUGGUGUGUUUCCUGAAGACAACGUCAUUCCCGUUAAGAGAUUAAUCAACUUAUGGAUUGCAGAGGGGUUUUUAAUGCCACAUGAAAAUAUGAGUUUGGAAGAAGUGGCAGAGAGUAGUUACUUGCGUGAUCUCAUUAAUAGAGGUUUAGUUCAGAUUAAUGAGCUAAGUAUUUAUGGGAAAGUUAAAUCAUGUAAAGUUCAUGAUCGAGUGCACGAGGUCUGUGUGAGACAAGCCAUAAAGGGGAAUGGUUUGUGCAUUAUCAAUGACAACCAUGUUCCAAAGGCUAGACAUUGGUUAAGCUGUCAAACAAGUCAUUGGCCAAUCACUCGAUCGAGUUAUGGGAAUUGUAGUCCUGAUGAAAUCCAUUCUGUUCUCUGGUUUGGUAAAGAUGUAUACCAUUCAAAAUGCAAGUUGGUAUACCCAUGUUUGAAAUUGCUAAAAGUAUUGGAUUUAUCAUUAGUUAAAUGGUCACGAGGCAUGCCUCGUGAAAUAACAGACUUGGUUCAUUUGAGAUACUUGGCUUUAAAUACCAUUGGUUCUCUUUACAAGUUUCAGUUUUUUAAGCUUAAAAAUUUGCUUACUCUCAUAGUUACUUCAUGGAUGGAAAAAUGUCCUUUGCAACUGCGAUGUAAUAUUUUGGAUUUGCCACAAUUGAGGCAUUUGCAUGUUGACAAGAGAUGUUCACAGUAUCUCCCUUGCUUAGUCAAAAAGAAUCUGCAAACUCUUUAUUGGUUGAAAGUUGCUAGCUCUGACAGAAAACCAAACUUUAGAAUGGUUCCAAACCUAAAGGAACUUGGGAUUUACAUUGAAGGGCAAUUGGCGCCUAGCUAUCUUGGGAGCCUUGUGCAUUUACAUCUACUUGAGAAGUUGAAGUUUGAAGUAGGAAGAGUUGAGCGCUUUUGUCUUCCAACAGGAUUUCCACCAAACCUUAAGAAGUUGACACUUAGCUAUACUUAUCUUCCAUGGAAUGAGAUAGACACAAUUGGGGAGUUGCCGCACCUUGAGGUGCUUAAACUAAAAGAUUUUGCCUUCUGUGGCUCAAUGUGGAAACCAUCGAAGCAGGGCUUUCGGGAAUUAAAGGCACUUCUUAUUUCACGAUCAAAUCUCAAACAUUGGUAUGCAAGUUCUAAUAAUUUUCCAGUUUUGGAGCGCCUAGUCUUAAGAUAUUGUUGGGAAUUGAAACAAAUUCCAAUUAAUUUUGCAAAAAUUGAAACACUGAAGUUAAUUGUAUUAGAAUGCUGUUAUUCUUCUCUUGUGACUUCUGCAACGCAGAUUUCUUCUGUAAAAAGCAUAAUAUUAAAGGGAAAGGGAGGUUGUCCACUUCGUGUUCGUAAAGUUGGAACUAAGGUUGAAAUGCCAAAUUAUGAAAGCUUUGAAGAAGAAAGUGUGGGAAGCUCUAACGAAUUGAGUGUGAGGAAAUAUCUAAAGGAGAAGGUUUCGAAAUCUCUGAAUGCAUUCAAAGAAUUGAAGAGGAAAGUGUUGUAAGCUCUAAGAAGAAAGUGACUGAGGAAUUUGUUAAUUUUGGGCUUAAUAUGAACUUUUAUAAAAGCCAAGCUUGUAGGUUCUGGCUGCAGUUUAUAAGGUCUUCAUUGCUGAAUAAGUUUUUUGUUGCUUUCACGAGUUCAUGCACGGGAUAAUGUUGAUAAAUAUAGCCACUUGUCCAGUCCAAUCUAGAUUGGUGGUGAUCUGUCUCUUUGGUUCGGAAUUUGCCUAAUCACUUUCGGGAGAAAACAAACAGAAAAGAUUUCUCGCUGUAAUUCUUCAAGUGCAGCUCAGAGAUGCAUCAAUAUAAGAUGUUGUAUUUUUGGUUUCCAUUUGAUCUCAACAAUUCAGUUGUGUGUUAUGAUGUUUUUGUGCUCCAAUGACACCAUGGCUAAGUUGUAAUAAUCCACUGUUCAAUUCAAUAUUCUUUUACAACA